AGCGCUUUACACCCUACACACAGCCAAAGUGACUAUAAAUUUAUACGUACGGUAGUCGCCUUGCACAAAGCGGGCUUGCUUGAAGUUCUAUUUUGUUAGAUAUGGAUGCCGCAAAGUUAUGCAAAUGAUAUACCGAUGCGGCGCUAUUCGUCUUGUUACAGUGUGAAAAGUGAAGAUUCAUAAUUCGACGACGCACGUCGGAACAUGCCGAGGCGAUGAAGAAUGCGACUACAUGUCUGAUGUUUUUGUUUCUGGAAGAUUCUCGAUCUAGCCUUCUUUGGGGGAACCAUGCACGAAAACAUGAACAAGAGAAAAAAAAGAAAGAUAGGGACAUAAAGAAUAAAAGAAAACCAUUAAAAAUGGUCGAAGCAGAGACACGAGACAAAGGCUUAGAUACAAAACUAGGGAAUGAAAACAAGGGUUUCGCUAUGUUACAGAAGAUGGGAUACAAACCCGGUGAAGGUCUUGGAAAAAAUGAAACUGGUAGAGUGGAGCCAGUUCCAAUAGCAGUCAAAGUGAAUAAAACUGGAUUGGGCAAAGAUUCCCACGAAAAGCGAAAACGCGAAGCCCAAGAAAAGUUUAGAACUAUCCUUAUGCAUAAAAGAAGAAAAUAUAAUGAAAGUUUGCAGGUUGAUUUCAGAGCAAGAAUGAGUGGAAAAUUUGCUGAGCAGCAAUUUGAAAAAGAUUUGAGAAAAGGCCAAAAGGUUUGUCAUCAGCUCGAUAGUGAGCAAGGAAUCGACAGUCCUGAUUUUGACUUUUUCUGGCCAGUGCAAGCUUUGUCACAGGAGGAGGAAGAAGAAGAGUGUGAAGAAACAGAGGAGGGAGAAGAAUAUACUGUUGAAGAGAAGCUUUUCAUCUUGACUAGGCAUUUGAGAGAAAAUUUCUUCUACUGUUUAUGGUGUUCAGUAAGAUAUGAUGAUGACAAAGACUUGAGCAACAAUUGCCCAGGGGAGACAGCCAAAGACCAUGAUGACUAAUAUUACCACAGUUUGCAAGUGUAAAACAGGAUGAAUGGCCGGCUUCACUGUGUCAUAUCACAGAUGAUGAAAUCCUUCUAUGG